UGGCACUGCGUCACAAGACAAGCCCCAGUUUUCGCAAGAAUUCUGUCUGUUUGUCGUCAACAAAGAAUACAUCACAAGACAGACUCCACUUGUUUUUUUAAUUUUACUUGCCUGUAAUCCACCUCGGAAUUUGUAUGAGUCAGAAAGUAGAAAAACCAACACUUUCGGGUCAAAAGAUCAAGACCAGGAAAAGGGAUGAAAAAGAGAAAUACGAUCCUUCUGGAUUCCGCGACACUGUUGUCCAAGGGCUAAAUGAAGCAGGAAAUCUAGAACUAAAAGCGCUAAAAGCGUUGGAUCCUGAUUUUGCUGGCCCCGUUAUCAGCCACCCGGAGGUCUCCAAAUAUCUGGACAGCGCCGGGUCAAAACUGAACUAUCGCGGGUAUGCGGAUGCCUUGUUUGACAUCUUGUUUGCCGGUGGUUUGUUAGCCCCUGGGGGUAGUAUAAUCAAAGAUGCCAAGCCGGGGAAGGAGUCGUGCAGUAACAUCUGCGUGUUUGCUGCCGAGGACACGGUGGAAUCCCUCAAGGGGUUUCACGAGGUGUUCGUGAAGCUUAUAAGGCGCUACAAAUACCUGGAGAAAUCCUUUGAUGAAGAACUCAGGAAGCUAUUGUUGUUCCUGCGUGGGUUCUCAGAACUGGAGAGGAAGAAGAUAGCCAUGAUGAUAGGUCUGUGUAUCUCCUCUAACCUGGCAGGUGCCCAGUGUCUCAGUAAUCUCUUUGAUGAACACUUGGUCAAGGACGGUCUUGCACUGGAGUUUGCCACAGUAUUGUUUGCCACAGUUCUUCAGGAGAGGGACAUGGCUCACCUCAGUGGUGCACUGAAGAAGGCUGGGUUGGACAGUAGACUACUGGAACUGAUUCCAAUCAACAAAAGAACAUCGGAGAACUUUGCUGCUCACUUCAUGGAUGCUGGACUAAAACAGGUUGUGGAGUUUCAGAAAGUCCAGCAGAGCACCAAUAUGAAGAAAGAAUUGCUGAAGGCUUUAGAUACAAUGAUCAAGGAUGAGGAACCUGUGAAAGAGCUCAUAGUCCUGGUGCAGGAACAGAUGAAGAAACAUGCUAUAACUGAGCAGGAAGCUGUUGUCUUGGUCUGGAGUCGUAUCAUGAACUCUGUGGAGUGGAACAAGAAGGAGGAGGUUGUUGCCGACCAGGCCUUGAAGCACCUGAAACACUACACCUCCCUGCUGGCAGCCCUCACCAAGAGCGGGAAGAGCCAGAUGGCGCUACUGAACAAAGUCCAGGACUACUGUUACGCCAACAUGGCCUUCAUGAAGGUGUUCCAGAAGAUUGUGUUUCUCUUUUAUAAAA